UUCUUGCCAGCUGCAGUCGGAACAUGAGGUGAAAAUAUGCGGAGGGAUGACAAUAAAAACAUGGACUCUGAGUAUAUAAAAAGACACCUUGGAAAGUGUCUGGCAGACGGACUGGCUGAAGUGGCCGAGCAGCGCCCUGUGAACCCCAUCCUGUAUCUGGCCCACUGGCUUUACAAGUACAACGCAAAUGUUGAAUAUGAAACAGAGAAAAAGGCCCAUUUGGCUCUACUGGAGCAGGAGCAGGAAAAAGCCAGAGAAGAGGCGCUGUACCAGGAGAAGCUGAGGGAGGAGGAGCGAAAGAUCAGCGAGGCCUUGGAAGAGUCUAAACGAGUGAAGGUUACAGAGGUAACCAGCCCAGUGUCCCCUGAGGGAAAACCCGUGGAGGAGGUGAGCUCUUCCCCCUCUGAGACCCUCAGCACAGAGGUCAAAGAUGAUUCUACAGAAGCACCUGUUGAAAAAAGCGAAGCGGAGCCGAGGAGCGAUCAAGCAGAAGAGAAAUCAGAAGAGGAGCCAAGUGACAAACAUGUAGAAGAGAAAACUGAGGAGGAGACAAGCAUCAAUCAGCCAGAGGAGAAAGACCAAGAUGAGAAUGAGGUGGUUAAUCAAGCUGACACCAUCGAACCUGCAGAGACUGAACAGCGCUCGGCACUUGACAGCCAGGACACUGACGAUUCAAAAACAGACAAAACAGAAGAGCUACAAGACAAACAGAGCCCUCGUUCCCCCGACCCUCAAGACCCAGAGAAGAAGGUCGAUGAAGGCGAAACCGAUAAACCUACAGAUCCCAUCCGAGUCGAGUCAGCCUCAGCCGCAAAGAAUGACGACCUGAAACCGGAGGAGACAUUUUCUGCUGAAGAACAGAUGACAGAAACUGAACAGGAGACACACAAAUCAAGUUCUCCUCGUCUUCAAGACCAGGAAAAGGAGACAGACGGGCAACACACAAGUGAGACGGCUGAUAGCUGGGCUCCAGCUGAGGGUGACGUAACAGUAGACGGGACAGUGGUGAGCGAAACACUGGUGACUUCACAAGAGGAACAUGACAGGUCUCCUUCUGACAAGGAAGACUCCGAGGAGAAGGAAGAAGAAAAAGAAGCAGACCAGACAUGAUCAAGUCAGCGUCCACUGAGCCAUCUUUUACAUAUGUUUAAAAGUUCAUAGCUUCACUGUACAUUUAGUUUUGGGAUAUAAAUAAAUGAAAAAAU